GUGACUCUUUCAAACUAGUGGAAGUCCUCAAAGCGCACGAGACAUCCACGCUCAGUCCUUCCACCCGGACCAAAGUAACUUUAAUUUGCAAUUUUCAUUUUUAAAAAUAAAAUCCGAGUAAAUAUUUAGCACUUAUCUUGAAGGGAAUAUGGGAAAAGAAAACCUUGUUUUGCACAUCAUCUGGAUGUAUUUUUUGAGUCUUUCUUCCAGUCUUUCAACCACAGUUACUCCAACAGUGGAAACAAGCACAUUCAUAGGCAACAUCACAACCAACUCUACAGACUGGAUGGUGGAAUUCAGUGACAUUGAGUCCAAAUUUGCUUUGAGAACAAUCGAAGAACCGGAAGAUGAUCUAUGCUACAUCGUUCCUGGCCAGCGGGACACCAUUAAAGAGUGCAAUUUCAAUCCAGACACCAAGACAUUUAUAGUUAUUCAUGGUUGGACGGUCACUGGUAUGUAUGAGAGUUGGGUUUCCAAACUGGUGACAGCUCUUUAUGAACGUGAGCCAACGGCCAACGUCGUUGUGGUGGACUGGCUUGUCCGGGCACAGCAACAUUACCCAACCUCGGCUGCCUACACCAAGCUUGUGGGCCGCGAUGUGGCCAAGUUUGUCAACUGGAUGCAGGCUGAGCUGGAGUAUCCAUGGGAAAAUAUUCACCUGCUGGGUUACAGUUUGGGUGCUCAUGUAGCCGGGAUUGCAGGACUCCUUACAAGAGACAAAGUCAGCAGGAUCACAGGCAUGGAUCCAGCCGGCCCAAGCUUUGAGUAUGCUGAUGCCCAGAGCACUCUUUCCCCAGAUGAUGCCCAGUUUGUUGACGUGCUCCACACCAACACACGCGGCUCUCCGGACCGCAGCAUUGGCAUCCAGAGACCUGUGGGCCAUGUGGACUUCUACCCCAAUGGAGGGACAUUCCAGCCUGGAUGUGAUCUGCAGAACACCAUGAUGAUGGUGGCUACCACAGGGUUGAGAAACAUGGACCAGAUUGUGAAAUGUUCCCAUGAGCGCUCCAUUCACCUCUUCAUCGACUCCCUGGUCAACAUGAAGCAGCAAAGCAUGGCGUAUCGCUGCAGCUCCAAGGAGAGCUUCAACAAGGGUGUGUGUCUGAGCUGCCGUAAGAACCGCUGCAACAAGGUGGGCUACGAGAUCAACAAGGUGCGCAGCCGCCGGAGCAGCAAGAUGUACAUGAAGACCAGAGAGAUGAUGCCUUACAAAGUUUUCCACUACCAAGUUAAAGUCCAUUUCUUCAGCAAGAGCCAGAUAAGCUAUACAGAUCAGCCCAUGAAGAUUUCCCUCUAUGGCUACUCUGGAGAGAAGGAGAACAUCCCUUACAUUAUGCCUGCUUUGAAAACCAACACCACCAUCUCCUUCUUACUCACCACGGAUGUGGACAUUGGCGAGCUACUGAUGGUGAAGCUGAUCUGGGAGAAGGACACCAUUAUCAGCUGGCCCUGGUGGAACCCGGACACUUUCCACAUUCGCAAGAUGCGCAUCAAAUCUGGGGAAACACAGUCCAGAGUGCUCUUCACUGCCAAGGAAGGUGAGUUCUCCUACCUCACCCGUGGAGGGGAAGCUGCCGUGUUUGUGAAAGACAAAGAAGCUCAGUCAAGCCGCAAAAGUGAAAGAUUGCACAAGUUGAAGAUGCAUGGCAGCUCAUUCAAAAAUGAUGCCUUAGACGCUUAAAGGGACCCUCGCUCAUCCACCAUUUUGCCAGAAACUGAGGGAAACCUGCUGAAACAAGACUGGGAGAGAGACGGCGCAGUUUCUGUACAUUCUGAACCGAGCGAGAUGCUGAAUUGUAGCAAUUAUGUGACCUUCACCCAUAAGCACAUCCUGUAAGGAAUUUUUUACUUAUGAUAACCUUUAACUGCUGAGCAGUUUAAAAGAAAAGCCUAAUUUCUGAUUACCGCUCAGUAUUAUUGAUUAGCUAAUCUGGCCACUGGAGCUCAGAGUAGAGCCAGAACCUGGACCCUGACCACUUCUUAUUGGCUGUAAAUAGGCAUGUGCAUGUUCAACAAACAUGAAUGAAAUGCUGCUUGAGGUUUGUUUGUGGUAGAAAACUCUGACCAAUGAGACCAGCAAUGAUGUUGUGAUUUAGUGAUGGGAAAAUCAUGCACAUGCCUAGAUGCUAAAUAUUUCUUUAAAUGAAAGAUAAGGAGUCCUUUAUUGUUAUGCAAUAUAUAUGUACGUACAUGUAAGUAAACUGUUACACUGUUAUAAUGUGUGUAUUGAAUUUCUGUCAGCUUUGGUCAAACUGAAGCGAAAGUAAUAAACAACAUAGGGCAAAAUGGGCAUCAUGCAGGGCUAUACUCAGCUCACAGGGGCUUUGUAAGUCACUCAUUGACUGACGGACUCACUGAGUCACUUACUGACUGAUUGACUUAUUAACUGACUGACUGGUUUCCUUUUCCUGGGUCACUGACUGACUCAGGACUAAAUGAUUGACUCACUAAUUCACUGCCUGAUUGACUCAACUGUCAUUGACAGACUGACUCACUGACCAGCUCUAAAGGUGAUUUCCUCGAUGAACUAGCUCCCUUCAUCAGGAAAAUCAAGCAGGAUGUUUAUGUCUUAUUAUCUGCCUACAUAGAAAUCAAACACUGCGUGUCCUUGUUCACUGUCAAGUACUUGAUAGUGCCAUGUUGAGGUAGUUUAUAAUGAUGUAACGCUAGGCUAUGUGUAUAUCGUGGUAAAAUUUUUAUAGAAUAGACGUACAGCACUCAAAAAUUCAGAGAAGCACUGUAAAAGCCUUUAUUCUACCUAGCAGAUUAAUGCUGUAGAUUUAAAAAUCUUCAUGGCAGGAAUUAAGCAGUCCAAUUUUUACCAUAGUAUUUAAACAGUCAUAAUAUGCUGACCACUUGCUAGCACGGGACCAAAUACUCUGUUGGCUGAAUCUAUAUACAGAACUAAUCAGUGUAAAUAUGUGUAAUUGUUCUGUAUUUGGAAAUGUGUAAAUUUAAGUUGUUUUUGUGUCUGUCUUUAAGUUACUGUGUUUGGCACAGGUCACUUUAUAGGCUUAGAUUAUUUUCCUGUUCGAUCCAUUCAUCACUUAAUGUUCACUCAGUGAUCACUCAAGACCUAAAAUCUAUUUCUGUAUAUAAGUGUUGAAGCAUGCAAAAGUAUAGGUUUUGAUUCAUUUUCAGUAUUCAAUCGUACACUUAAUCUUGCCUUAUAAUGUGAUCAUCUGCCAGAUUGUUGUGAAUUAAAGGAAUUCUGAACAUCUUUCUGAACACUUCAUGAUUGUGGAUAAAAUAGUUAAAUCUACACAAUUCAGCUGUGCUGUUAUAGUUUCCAACAUGCACCAGAAACCUAGCCCAGAGGAAAUCAAAAAUGAAAUAGGUCGUGUGAAAAACAAUUCCCCCACAGGAGCCAUUAAUACAACAGGAUUAUUUAUUAACUGUAUAUAUUUGUAUAUUAGCUUUGUAUAAACAAUGUAUACUCUUGGGAUUAUUCAUCAUUUUAAUAUGCAAUGCACUGCAUAAAUAUAUUUUAAUAAAGAGUAUGUUGCAUUA